CGCGGCUCGUGGCCACCCCGCUGGUCCCCGCGUCCCUCCCCUCCCCCUCUUCCUCCUGCUCGCCCCGCUUCUUCCUCCCCCUCCCUUCCCUGGCCGGCGCCGUGCUGACCCUGGCCAGGGAGCCAGGAGGCGGGUCCCGGACAAAAGAUAUAAGCGGCGGCGCGGGCCGUGGAGUCCUGCAGCUGCGGGAGCCUCUCUCCGAAGAGCCGCGGCUGCCCGGAGGACGCCCAGUCCGGCCACACUGAAGGACAGCUGUGGCCACUAGCUCCGCUGCUCCGACUCGGACUGCUCCCUAAGCCCCGACCGCCCAGCGCCCACAUGGAGACCGUCCAGCAGCUGAUCCCUCUGGCCAAGGAGGUGCUGGCUCCGAAGCCGCGCGGGAAGCUGGUGAGGCUGUACGUGCUGGGCAGCGUGCUGGCGCUCCUGGGCGCCGUGCUGGGCCUGGUGGAGGCCGUGUGCAGCCCGUUCGCGGCCGCCCGCCGCCUGCGGGACGAGGAGGCCGCCGUGGCCGAGCUGCGGGACGCUCGCGAGCGGCAGGCGCGGCGCGCUGGGGCCCUGCGGGAGAAAGACAAGCCGCGGGAGGCCCUGGGCAGCGGCCGGGCCCUGUCCCACCGGCAGCACGCCUCCUAGGACCCGCGGAGGCCGGCACAGGGAGAAGGGACCGGGCCCAGGAGAGACGUCCCACUCGUGCCAAAGACACCGCCUUCGAACCGACCCGCCGCACAGAUCCACCCAAGGGGUUUGGGGUCGAGUCCUGCUGCUGUGCAGCACCUUGUGAAAAGUCCAGUUCCUGCCUGUGAGCUAGGGAAGAGGGGAUGUGCUUUUUUUACUAUUGUUAUUGUGUUGUUGUUGUUAUUAUUAUUAUUAUUACUACUACUACUACAAUGGCCACUGUUUUGCACUUUGAAAUAAAAAACAUUUUGUAGUA